AUGAGCUUGUCACAUAGCACCAUCAGGUUGAAGGAGGAUACCGUAGAGCUACGCAGACGCGUUACUGAAAUCAAAACCCUCAACCCCGAACAGAAAACCGAGAAGCUUGACGAGCUCGACAUCGACUGCUACCUUCUCGAAUACGACACUGCAAAGCUCGCCCAGUAUAUAGCUGUCCAUGAAUCACUACGAAAGCACGACGAUGUCUCUCAGGAGCAGGUCGCUGAGCAGAUCAUGAAGAACGCGACCUACAAAGCAGACAUACUUACGGAUGCUGAGCUCUUUGUGAGUGGCGUAAUUAUGGACAGGUUCAUCUUUACUUCGCUGUAUUGUUCGGAGCCGGAGACAGUCAUUGAUUACCAAAAGCGAGGCCUCGACUACGUGAACAGGGUGCUCGAACAUAACGCCAACCUUCAUCUGACGCAGCGAGAGAUCACCCCUGAGGUCGAAAAGCAACAUCACUUCUUCGUACGGAAGUUAUUUCUGUCGAGUUUUGUCUCAGAGGGUUUUGAGUCUCUUAUCAAAAGCGGCACUUACAACUACUGGAGAGCUGUCCGUGACACCAUGGGAUGGUGA